UUUCACCUCCAUCCACCUCUACCUCCCAUUGUCAUCGCCGACUCAGCAACCCACCAUCAUCAGCGGUGAUUCAAGGCCCCACCCACCGCGACGAUGGCGGACGAAGUCAGCAUCGACAAGACGCAGUUCCACAAUCGGCUGUCGUCGCUGAUCACGGCCUGGAAGAACGACAAGCGCAGUGGCAACAAUGUCUUCGGCGACGUGGGCAGCAUCGUCGUGUGCAUGGGCAAGAGCGAUGAGACGGCGGGCUUUCACAAGGCUAAUGGCCUGCAGUUCUGGCUGCUAGGCUACGAGUUCCCUGCCACUCUCUUCCUGAUCUUGCUGGAUACCAUGUUCAUCGUCACCACGAAGAAAAAGGCGGCCUACCUGGAUGUGCUCAAAGAGGGCAAGACCCCCGUUGAAAUCAUCGUCCGGGGCAAGGAUGCCGAGGAGAACGCAAAACAGUUCGAGAAGAUCAAGGAGAAGAUCAAGGACGCUGGAAAGAAGGUGGGAACAUUGCCUAAAGACUACUCGGGCGGACCUUUUGUCACCGAGUGGAAGAGCGCAUUUAGUGAGCUCAGCAAGGAUGUGGAGGAGUUCGAUAUCAGCACAGCUCUUUCUGCCAGCAUGGCCGUCAAGGAUGAGAAUGAGCUGCGAUCAAUCAGAAACGCUUCCAGCGCAUCUGCAUAUCUGAUGCGCGAGUACUUCGUUGAGACCAUGUCCGAUGUCCUGGACAAGGAGAAGAAGGUCACACACAAGGCGUUUGCUACAAAAGUUGCCAACAAGCUGGACGAUGACAAGUUUUUCCGCGGAAUGAAGGGCGUGGGCAAGUUCGACCCGCAGCAGCUAGACUGGAGCGUGGCGCCGACAGUGCAGAGUGGUGGCAACUUUGAUCUCAAACUGCAGGCUGAGCCGGAUGACAACAACAUGCACCAGCCGGGUGUGAUUAUCUCGGCAUUUGGCCUGCGGUACCAGACAUAUGCGUCUCAACUCGCGCGCACAUAUUUGGUGGAGCCAAACAAGGCGCAGGAAAACAUGUAUAAGCUUCUCCUCAGCGUGCAUGACACCGUGAUGAAAGAGUUGCGGGAUGGCGUUGCAGCCAAGGACGUGUACAACAAGGCUGUAGCUGUUGUCAAGGCCAAGAAGCCGGAGCUGGUGGAACACUUUGUCAAGAGCGUGGGAGUUGGCAUUGGUAUUGAGUCCAAAGAUCCCACGCUCACUCUCAACGCGAAGAAUGGGCGCCAGAUCAAGGACGGCAUGACCUUUACCAUCACCACCGGUUUCUCGAACCUCGAAAACCCGAAUGCGAAAGACAAGAAGCGUGAAGGCACCUAUUCUCUCCUUCUGAGCGACACGGUGCGGGUCACAUCCGCCGGAGAAGCGUACUGCUUCACCAAAGAGGCGCCGCGUGAUAUGGAAAGCGCAUCUUUCUUCUUCAAUGAUCCGGAAGAGGAAGAGAAAAAGCCCAAGCCCAAGAAGGACUCGCGUGUCGGUGCGGUGGCUUCGUCCAACAUCACGAAGUUUCGUCUGCGUGGCCAAGGCGGCACCACGCAAAACGAAGAGAAGGAACAGGCACGUAGAGAGCACCAGAAAGAGCUCCAUCAGAAGAAGCAAGCGGAUGGUCUCGAGCAGUAUCGGGAGGGCCACGGCAACCUGAACGGUACACAGGAGAAGAAGUUCAAGCGAUUCGAAUCGUACAAGCGCGUCGAGUCGUUGCCAUCACGCGUCAAGGACCUCACCAUUCUGGUUGAUGCAAAGAACUACUCCCUCAUCCUGCCGAUCAUGGGCCGUCCGGUGCCCUUCCACAUCAACACGAUCAAGAACGCUACGACCAGUACCGAGGGCGGAUUCACAUACCUCCGCAUCAACUUUCUGUCGCCCGGUCAAGGUGUAGGCAGAAAAGAUGAACAGCCAUUCGAGGAUCCCGCGGCCCAAUUCAUCCGAUCGCUGACGUUUCGCAACAAAGAUGCCGAUCGCAUGGAGGAUGUGCGAGAACAGCUCACGGAGAUGAAGAAGGCAUCGGUGCGCAAAGAGCAAGAGAAGAAAGACAUGGAGGAUGUUGUGGAGCAAGAUAAGCUCGUAGAGAUUCGCAACCGACGACCAUUUCGGCUGGACAAUAUUUACAUGCGGCCAGCCAUGGAGAGCAAGCGCAUUGGAGGCGCAGUGGAAAUUCACCAGAAUGGUCUGCGCUACAAUCACCUGGGGAAUGCAAAGAUUGACAUUUUAUUUGGCAAUGUCAAGCACCUCUUCUUCCAACCGUGUGCGGGCGAGCUGAUUGUCAUCAUCCACGUUCACCUGAUCAAUCCUAUCAUUAUUGGCAAGAGGAAAACGAAGGAUAUCCAGUUCUACCGCGAAGCCACAGAGAUGCAGUUCGACGAGACGGGGAAUCGCAAGCGAAAGCACCGAUAUGGUGAUGAAGAGGAGUUCGAGGCGGAGCAAGAAGAGAAAAGACGACGAGCGCAACUGGACAAGGAGUUUAAACAGUUUGCCGAGAAGAUUGCCGAUGCGGGAAAGAGCGAAGGCAUCUCUGUAGACAUGCCUUUCCGUGAUCUGGGAUUCAAUGGUGUGCCCAGUCGGUCAUCGGUCAUGAUUCAGCCCACGACGGACUGCCUGGUGCAGUUGACGGAGCCCCCAUUCAUGGUCAUCACACUGACGGACAUUGAAGUGGUGCACUUGGAGCGUGUGCAGUUUGGACUGAAGCAGUUUGACAUGGUGGUCGUGUUCAAGGACUUCACGCGGCCUCCAGCGCACAUCAAUACGAUCCCUGUUGAAGCGCUCGAUGGAGUUCGCGACUGGCUGGACUCUGUGGAUAUCCCAUUUAGCGAAGGCCCUCUCAACUUGAACUGGGCUACCAUCAUGAAGACAGUCAUCCAAGACCCCCACACAUUCUUCGCAGAUGGUGGGUGGAGCUUUCUGGGCACCGAGUCGGACGAUGAAGGAUCGGGUGACGAAGAAGAGGAGAGUGCAUUCGAGGCAUCCGACGACGAUCUCGACUCGGAAUCGAGUGAAGACGAGUCUGACUUUGACGACGAUGCGAGCGCGGAAGCCAGCGAGGAGGAUGUCAGUGAUGAGGAUGAGGGUGAAGAUUGGGACGAGCUGGAGAAGAAGGCAGCUCGUAAGGAUCGCGAAGGAGGAAUGGGGGAGGACGAUGGCGAGAGCAAGAAGAAAAGUAGCAGCAGCAAGAGCAAGAAGCGAUAGUUUUCCACGGUAGUAUGGUGUCAAUGAAAGUAUAGCGGGGCGUUGAUUGAUUCUUGAGGGGUUGGUGUAGCGG